AUGAAUGAAUGCUUGAAAGUACAAAAACCAGAUUAUGAAUGCAUGAAAUAUGCAAUAAUAUCACACAAUAUCGAUUUUGUCACAUUUUUGAUGAAUAAACACAAUAUAAAAAUUGAUUUAGAAUUGUGCUCUAAAUACAAUAAUCUUCAAUCAUUUUUAGUUUACUUAGAUCAAACAAAUGAUAUCAACACAUGUUUUGUUUAUUCUCCUAAUUUCCAUCUUUCAUCACUUUUAGAAUAUUUUAUUUCAAAUGGUGCAGAUAUCAAUGCUAAAGACAAAUAUGGAUGUACCCCUCUUCAUUAUACAGCCAGUAAUAAUUGGAAAGAAACUGCAGAAAUUCUUAUUUCAAAUGGUGCAGAUAUCAAUGCUAAAGACAAAUAUGGAUGUACCCCUCUUCAUUAUACAGCCAGUAAUAAUUGGAAAGAAAUUGCAGAAAUUCUUAUUUCAAAUGGUGCAGAUAUCAAUGCUAAAGAUAAAGAUGGAUUUACCCCUCUUCAUUAUGCAGCCAGGAAUAAUAGCAAAGAAACCGCAGAAAUUCUUAUUUCAAAUGGUGCUGAUAUCAAUGCUAAAACUGAAAUCGGAUUUACCCCUCUUCAUCUAGCAGCCAGAGAAAAUAGCAAAGAAACCGCAGAAAUUCUUAUUUCAAAUGGUGCAGAUAUCAAUGCUAAAACUGAAAUCGGAUUUACCCCUCUUCAUCUAGCAGCCAGAGAAAAUAGCAAAGAAACCGCAGAAAUUCUUAUUUCAAAUGGUGCAGAUAUCAAUGCUAAAGAUAAAGAUGGAUGUACCCCUCUUCAUUAUGCAUCCAGUAAUAAUUGGAAAGAAAUCCUUAAUUCAAACAAGGCAAGACUGUCAAGUUGA